UUGCGACCAAGUGUGAAACUCCGACAGAUUGUCACCAGGCGCCGCCGACUUGCCCGAGCGAGCCGAGUGCCACUCUGCAGCGUUCGCGUUUGUUGGACAUGCAUUCUACGACGGAGUGAGUCCAGGUGUGGACAUUUCAUCUGUCCUGGAUUGAUUGUGUUUCCUGAGUCUAAGGUUGUUCCUGCAUGGUUGGUAACAUAAUCACCAUUGGCUUUUGAUUGCCCUCCAUUUGAUGUGGCCUGUGCUUCGUGUCACCUCUGUAACUCCGCUGUGCCUCCGCCUUAGCAAGGUAUUUGCAUAGGAGUCAGAGGAGUUAAUCCUGUGAGUAAAGCCUUAACAUCUGCUUGUUUCUGUCCUCUGUCUGUCCCCCGGGGUCCUGAAGCACAGGCCGGACUCCAGCGCCUUUGCAGAGUCCAAGCUCCUUUGCAGUGUCCAAGCUCCCUCUGCAACAGGGCGGGGGCCUUCUUGGCACAGGAGUCUGGCUCCGGUGACGGUAGUUGCAGCCAGCCUGUAGCACAGAUGUGCACUGGCCUAAGUCUUAGCGCCUGGUUGAGGCACCCGAAGUCUGCAUCUCGCUCCAUAGCUUCAAGUAUGCAGGAAGUAUCCCCUUUUCUUCCCCAUAACUACCUUAAUUCACACUCCAGCCCCCACCUGGCCAACCUUGAGGGAAAGUUCAUGGCUGUCACUUUUAGAUGUCUUCCCUUCUCUCAUGGGGUAUGUCCUAGAACCUGGAGAUUUUCACGUACCUGGUAGGUGAGGGACUUGCCUCUGGCCUUUGGCACAUCACAGUAGUGGUCUCUUGAAGCCUCAGAGCCACCAGUGGAGGCUGGAGAUGUCUUGCUCAGGUCUGGCUUCCCUGAGCGCACCCCACACAUGUCCUCUGGAGGGUUCUGCGCUGCCUUGCGAGCAUCCAGAACAUGUUAGCUAUUGUUACUAGUUGGUGCCAGUGGCUAAAACCUGUAAUUCUGGAAGAGCGGCAGCGAUUCGAGUUAGCUGCCUGGAGCCGCUGCUUUAGAACAGGUGACCUUCAGGGGGCACUGCGAGACAUCAAGGUAAGAGGCAGGUAGAUGGGUUCAGGGCUCUGGAAUUUGAAAGUUUAGGGUUGUAGAUAGAUAUUUGGGAGACCUGUGACCUCAAGAAGUAGUUGAAACUUUGAGUUAUGAAGAAGGUCCCCCAGGGAUUGUGAGAAAAAGUAGAGGGCCAGGUGCCAGGCUCCAAAUCUAUUCAUAUCUCUGGUGACCCUUCACAACAUGUCCCUCUGUGUCGUAUGAGUAUAAAUAUCCGUUUAGGGUCUUCACUUCAGAGGUAUAGUCUUAUUGUUCACCGUGGUGCAUAGAUUUCGUUGUCUGUAAUCUACCGUAUUGGGUGGGCUCCUUUCCAUGUGGAAUUACGGACUUUAGGAAGUAAAAUUAAAAACUUAGUUGAGAAGCUUUUCAGAAACAAGCCUUGUCCAUCUUCUUUCUAGAGAAGUCCUUCACUGGAAACCAAGGCAGAAUUCCCAGUGUGUGGGGCUUGCCCAGUUCCUCCCCACCCCAAUCACUAGAAAUAAAGAGCAAAGUCAGUCUGAAGAAUUGACUGAAGCAGAAUCAGGAGUAGCUAAAAGUGAAUGAGCUGAAACUGGAGGGAAAUCCCUUUGUUCAAUUUGGGUUUCAGUGAAUGCUCAGCGGGCGGCUAACCCAGUUCAUUAACAGAAAAGACAUGGUCUUAAACGCUGCUCUCAGAAGUAAAUGCCCAGAAAAACACAUCACGACAACCAAAACACGCAUUCCAGAAAUCGUAUGCUCUAGAUUCGUGAAACUUUAGUUUUUGUCAUCAAUGAAGAAGCAGAUCAUUUUCCCCCAAAUAUUUCCCCACAUAUUUAAAAUCAUUAACCUAGAACAAAUCUGUCUGCAGUGUGCCAGCCCUCAUUCCUAGAAAAAUGUGAUUUUUCUUGCUCUUCAGGAGCUCAGACACAUUUGUAUUUAGGGAGGUUGAUGUUAUAGGGCCAUUUUUUACCAUGUACAUUUUUUUUAUAUAAUUAACACAGUAAAACCCUUCUCUCUGAUUUUGAAAUCUAAAUUCAGACCUGAGAAGCAGCCUGCAAGUCGCAUCCUGCCAGACUCAGAUGUGUUCUUUUUCUGAACUGUCUCUCCUCUGCUGUGCUAAGGUGUCCUCCACCGCACAGGAUUUCCCCCAGGGCCAUGCGAGCUUUCAGGUUCUCUGUGGCAUUGUUAACUCUUUAAGCGUUAGACUGGUGCCCUGGUGGCAGGUGGGAAAGGCCGGGGACUUGAUCUCCUCCCGGCCAGGGUUCUCCUCUUUCACUGGCGCUGCUCACAUUGAACCCCUUAAGAAUGAGCUCCUGUGUGAGCCCUCGAAGCCCAGGCGCAUUGUUGAAUUCAGAAAGGAAUCGCUUUCUUGUAGUGACAAUUUGAAUAUUUUGACAAUGAAGCUAAGCUAUUGCACUGCCUGGUUUGCGUACUUCAUGUCAUGUGCUCCCUCCCUAGUGGGGCGGAGAGCCGCCUCCUCUCUGAAUUCAUACGUUGGCACUGUCUGUGGGCGAGAUGGGCAGGAGCAAGGGAAGAGUCAUCCAGAAUUUCACUCUCUUGCUUUAAUGCUUUUUAAAGCCCUUUAAAAAUAUAUAUUUAAGCCAGGGCUUUGGAGAAACAGAUAAAUGUUGAGCAUUUUGAGAAGAGAGCUGGACCGUGAAGAUGAUUUGUGAAGUGUUUAUACAUGCAAAGUGAGGGGUACACUUAAAACAAAUUCUCUGGAUGAUUCAGACGACCUGCUCACCUCCAGGUUUUUUCCUGACUUGUGACGGGUUAUUUUAAAGAUUUAGUUGUCUAAAAUGGCCUUAGUUUUUCCCAUUUUAACCUACAAGGAUGUUCUUGUGCAAAAUAAACAGACAUAGCCUUUUUGGAUCAAAUUAAGAAGAGAGGCAGCCAAGUGAAAAAAUCCCUUAGAUAGCUCUAAUUGGCUUUGUUUCGCAAUAGAUUUACCUUUGUACUGGGUAAGGAAAUCCUGAAAAGCUUCUCACCUAAGAGGAUCAACUGGUUGGAAUAGUCUUAGUUGGAAGAAGCCAAGCUUUUUAAUUAAUGGGUGAACAGAGAUACCGGUUUCCGAAUGCUUACCAGGGAUCAGUAGUGCAAAGCCGGCUGCAGGCUCGGCCCUGAAGACUUGGUGAAAACGUAAAUCCCAGGCCCCAGUGACGCUGUGUCAACCUGUGCCAAGGAUUUCCCUGGCAUUCUGACGCACAGCCAGCGUUGGUGACCACUGAAUUCGGAGCCUUCAGCCUUUCCACCCUGCCCAUUUGAUAAAUCUAUAUGUCUAUACAAAGCUUUUGUUGAAAACAAAUGCCUGCUAGUUAUUACUGACUUUUUUCAAUUCAUCAUUUCAGGUUUUGUUGUUGCCUAGAUUUGCAUGCCUGUUUUAUGGUAUUCUAAUACUGUUGACUUAAAAAAAAAACAUCGUUUCCUCUGACUGCUAUUUUGAAUAUUUUAUGUAAGCAAUUGCAUGGGUUUUUUGUUUUUUUUUUUUCUUUUUCUAGUUGCAGAACGCAGGGGAAAAUUUCAGGUUUUUCUAAUCCAGUUGCGUGAAUCCCCAGACACACUUCGGAGGAGACUCCCGUGACCGCUUGAAAGCUGACGUUUCCUGUCACCCAGUAGAGCUGAGCCCUUCUGCAUGGUAAACUUACAAGCAAAUGAACUUAGACGUAUACAAAUGAUUUCGUCUCAGCCCCUGGAAGUUUAAACAGAGUCUGGUGACCCAGGACUAGCCCUGGCUCCAGUGAUACAGAUUUCCUUUCUCCUGGAAUCUCAUCUGCGCCCGAUACCGCUCUUAAAGUAGGCUGUGGGACAGCAGGAAGCAGAGCUAGUGACCCAGAGAGGCCCAGCAUUUUGUCAGUGCGUCUGAGAAGGAAGGUGUGAGAACAGCACCCAUGGCUGCCUACCCCUGCCAGGUGUGUGGCCAGACGUUCCUUACGCUGGAGAAGUUCACUAUCCACAGUUACUCCCACACCAGGGAGCGACCCUUCAAGUGCCUGCAUCCAGAGUGCGGCAAGGCUUUUGUUUCCAGAUAUAAAUUGAUGAGACACAUGGCUACCCACUCGCCCCAGAAGUCUCACCAGUGCGCCCAGUGCGAGAAGACCUUCAACCGCAAAGACCACCUGAAGAACCACCUCCAAACCCACGACCCCAACAAAGUGGCCCACGUGUGUGAGGAGUGUGGUAAGAAGUACCACACCGUGCUGGGCUACAAGAGGCACCUGGCCCUGCACAAGGCCAACAGCGGCGACCUGGCCUGCGGGGUCUGCUCCCUGGAGCUGGCGAGCACAGAGGUGCUGCUGGAGCACCUCAAGUCGCACGCCGAUGAAAAGCCCCCCGCGGCGACCAAGCUGAAGAAGCACCGCUGCGACCACUGUGAGAGAUGCUUCUACACCCGGAAGGAUGUCCGGCGCCACAUGGUGGUCCACACAGGCUGCAAGGACUUCCUGUGUCAGUUUUGCGCCCAGAGAUUCGGGCGCAAAGACCACCUCACCCGCCACACCAAGAAGACGCACUCGCAGGAGCUGAUGAAGGAGAGCCUGCAGGCCGGAGAGUUCCUGAACGCCUUCCACACCAUCGCCCCCCAGUUUCAGCUGAAGGCGGCCGCUCUGGCUCCGUAUGCUCUAGGAGUAGGGGCUCCUGUGCAGAAUGGGCUUGUAGGGAGCUUGCCAGCUGAGGUACACGGCCUCAAUCCUGCAGAGCCACCCUGCCAGGCUGUCCCACCACUGCCAGAGCCCCUGGUGCCUCUGCACCCCAUGGCACCUCCGAGCUCCCCCCCUCAGCCCCUCCAGAAUCACAAGUAUGCCACUUCUACCUCAUACCCACUGGCAAACCUGCCUAUCAAAGCAGAAGGAUUCUGCAACAUCAAUUUGCUGGAGGACUUGCCUCUGCAAGAGCCUCAGUCACCUCCCAAGCUGAACCCAGGCUUUGACCUGGCUAAGGGCGGCGCUGGUAAAAUAAACCUGCCCAAGGAGCUGCCCAUAGAUGCUGUGAACAUAGCAAUACCCGCCUCUCUGGAUCUUUCCCCUCUGCUGGGCUUCUGGCAGCUGCCACCGCCGCCUGCCCAGAACGCCUUUGGGAACAGCCCCCUGGGCCUGGGGCCUGGGGAGCCCCUGCCGCACAGGCUGGGCUGCCUGGGGCCGCAGCAGCAGGACGCCCCGCUGGCCGUGAGCACCAUGAGCCUGGGCCAGCUGGCGCUGCCUCCCCUGCCGCAUGUUUUCCCCGCGGGCACUGGUUCCAUCCUGCCCCACUUCCAUCACGCGUUCAGAUGAACGGCUUACAAAGCCCACUUUUCUUAUUCUGGAGGGUGACUGAAGGAGCAUUUUAAGGUUUUAAGGAGCAUUUUAAGGUUUUAAGGAGCAUUUAAAGUUUUAAAAAGCAUUUGAAACGUCAGUUAUAAUACAAGGAAAGAUUUGGAAAGCAGGCCUGGGAUUGGGGCUUAUUCAGUAGCGAUGGCUGGCUUGAUAAGAGUUGUAGAACCGCGUGUAUCGUGCCAAUCUGCCCUGAGUAUUCACGCUUUGUACCAAAUGUAAUCAGCAAGUAUUCUUUAAUGGAACUGCAACUAGCUAGUGUCAUAAUCGACACCCACACGAGGGCCGCUGUGUAUCGUCGUUUGUCAAAUCGAGUUGAAUCGUAAGCCAUGAUCGUAACGAUGUUAAUGAAAGAACUUUAUGUGGCUCUGCCUAGUGAGGGAACUAUGGAAAGUUUGGAUUUCUCCAGAAUGGGAGAAUUUCUUUUUCUUUUUUUUUUUUAAAUACGAAAAUAACCUUUAUAUUGCAUAUUAUACUAGUCUGUGUAUCUUCUUUCAGGGAUCUUUCUACCUUUCGGGGUUGGGUGUAGUUUAGUGACUAUUGCCAUAGCCAACCUGUAGUUUUAUAGAAACAAUUACUUGUGGAAUAGUAGACGCCUCAUUUUAAACAAGCAUUUUAAAUGUAGUUUGAAUAUUUUCCACAAGAUGCUACAAUGUGAGUUAUCGCUUCAUUUAUCUUAAAGACUAAACUGAUUGUCAGUUAUGUCUGACAAAAAAAAAAAAAAAAAAAAAAAAUCACUGUGUAACCAAGUUAAAUGGUAAAAUAAUCCAGCGUCAGUCAAAAUAAGCAUUUUGCUGACUUUAAUGUUGAUUAUAUUUUUAACAGGAAUUUAAGAAAUAUUACUGGAAUUUUUAAAGAUAUAUAUCUAUAUUAAACAAGAAUUUUCUUUACUCUCUUUGGCUUAAAGUACUACUCUGCUUAAGUAUAUUUUUAAUCACCAAUAAAUAGAAGCAUUUAAAGAUUUAUCAUGUUAAGUCAAUAUUAGUUUUAUUCAGAAAGAAUAACAUUUUGCAAUGUAACUAUAAUCUAUGUAAUCUCUCUCUUGAAUUUGAUAUCUAAUGAGUUUUGAGAAUAUGCAACCUAAUCUUUUUUAAAAGCUUUGUCUUUUGUGUUUAGAGGCUUUCUAUAUGAAGAUAUAUCUUACAUAUAAUAAACUUUACAUAUCCUGACAA